CAGAAUCACGUUCAGAAAGGUCUCAAGCGCCGCGCCGAACGUGGACUGUCAAUAAUGAGGUGUGAAAUCUGUAAAUUACUUGCGUAUGUCCACUGCUGCCAUCCCACUUCCUAAAUUAUUGCAAAAAGGAAAAAAAUUACCAUAACGUUACGCUGAUUGAUGAAGUAUUAGCGAGAAAAAAAAAAAAAUGGAAGACAAAAACGUAGGUUCCGUGAUGAGCUAACAAUAAGAUUGGUGACAAAUAUGGUCUGAUAAUUUUAUGAGAUAAUAAAAAGAGAACGGAUGCAGACGUGCUCGACUCGUGAACAUUGUACUGUACAAUAUGCACGUGUGUACGUACAUGCAUACGUACAUACAUGCAUACAUACAUACAUAUUUUGGAAGCACGUGAAGUUGAACGCAAAUGUAAAAAUACGCGUCACAGCUAGUUCGAUCGACACGUUGGUUGGGAUCGUGGUUCGGAUCGUUCGGAUAAACUUUUGAUUUCUAGAUUACGUCAAUUCAAGCAAUUGGCCGAAAAGUUUUUCUCUUCGUGCUCGAGAAAAGUAGUAGGAGGCAAAUAAAUCAGAGUAAUCAAAGUCAAAUAAAUGUUAUGGUUUCGACAAAGUUUUGGUUUUUUUCCUAACCAUUCCGCGGGCGAUAACGAGCCGUUAGAGCCGCGCAUUAUUUUCGGGUGUGUUUAUUUACCUUGGAAAUCCGAUACCUGCCAAUGUUAUUGUUCAUUGAUAUUUGUUUUCACGUUUUGCAAGGGAAAAUAGGUAGAUAGAUUUUUUUGUUUACAAUUAUCAUUACUGUUCAUUCAACAAUGUCAACCGGCGAGGGAAGUUCAAAGCAAAGAAACCAAAUGUCAGCCAAGGAAAUUGAAGCUGCCGAAAUGGCUCAGGAACUGAUGAGUAUGGAAAUGUACGAGGAUGGAAUGGGUUACGACCAGAUGAAACAAAUACUCCAGGUCAUUAAUGAGUCCAGAGAUAUGGCUGGUAUUGAACCUGAGAAUCGUUCUUCUCAGGAGAUGAGUCAAUACUCUCAAGAAAUGACGGGGACAGAAGUGGCCUUGCAGGGUAAUGCGAAGCGAGACUUGCUAUCGGAUGAGAACUCGUUACCUAAACCAAGUUUCUCUUAUCGCCAACAAUCGGAUAAAGUAUCGCCAACAGCGUCUAGUCGUAAAUCAGUUUUAGAUGGGGAACCGGUCGAAGAAAUGUCUUUAUCAUCGCCCGAAUUAUUUACGAACGAAGAGCGUAAUCUUAGGCGGUCCAGCACGGAUCCUGAGUCGAUAUUCGACAAACUGGUCAAAGAAAAUACGAUGGCAAGCGGGGAAGUUGAGGAAACCCAAACUGAACCAUUGGUUAAAAAUGCGUGGCAAAUUGUUUCAGACAUAUCACAAGAUUCACAAAAUUCCCCGAGUGCCAGUUUCAGGGUUAACGUUGAAAAUGCCAAAUCUAGGAAAAAUCAGAGGGUUGAAAGGUGGAAACUGGAUCCUACCAAAUCUGUCAUUGAGGAAAGUGACGUACCUCUAAGACAAAAGGACAGACCUGUGAUACAGGAAAGAAUACCUUACAACUUCUGUCAUCAUAGAAAGGCCUUGGAUGCAAAAGAAAAACUAUUGAACGUUCUGACUUAUCAAUUAGGAGAAGUCGCCGAUAUAUGGAGGAGAAAACACAGGCAUGAUGCUUCAGAGUUUCAAUGGGGGUCACCCAUCAAGGUGGGCACCAAUAAUGGUAGCUUGGACAAGAAGCCUUCAAAAGAAGAACCGAGUACGCCAGAAAGGCGGACAAGUUUCGUCAAAAAUCAAGAGUCUUCUUUGACAAGGAGAAACCAGGAUCGUCUUUGCAAGCGUAAAGCUGUUGAUCACUUUAGAGAUGUAGCACAGGAUCAGGUUGAUAGUGAUGAUGAAAAUGAGAGUAUAUUUGAUACAAAGAAGAAAGCUAAAACAUCUGAUAUGUGUUGGGAACCCCAAAUGAGAUCAGGGAGCUCUAGCGGUUGCGAAAAACAUCUAACACGUAGCGAAAAAAUGUUGAAUAAUUUGAACAAAGUUAGAAUAGAGGAACCGUCUUUAAUAACUGCGUACAACAGUGAUGACUUUGACAACAACGAUUUGGCAAGCUUGCGAAAGAAGAAGUAUACGAAGAAAGUGGAGGAAGUUGAUCGCAUCUCAUCACCCGAGGACUUCGUGCCUAGGCGCAUCGUGCCGCCUAACCCAAGCAAACCUAAAUCGGCACAGGCUGCACGACAAAACGGAGCAAAACGGAAAAGGAAAUGCCCUGUAAAACAAGACGCGCAGGCCGUGUUGGAAAAAGGUUCAAAUAUAGGAACGACCGCAGCAGCGAGGGGUAAAUUUAGGAAUCCGUUUUCCAAAGAAACCAAGAGUCCGAUUAGAACGCUGACCGAUGGUGAAAUAACAAACGAGCUCCAUGAUGAUGAAACUGAGGAAAAUCAGGGCGACAUAGAAAUAAAACCUUUGAAAGUGAAAGGUUUGUCAAGUAAACUGGCUCUCGGAGCAUCGUGGCUGCUGCAUAAUAAAAACGCUGAGGCGAAAUUGGAGGCUAUUAAAAUGACAGAGCACGCCAAACUGCAGAGUGAAGAAAUAGAGAAAAGAAGAGAAAUAGCAUUGAUCAGAUUGCAGAAGGAUGAAGAGGAACGAAAGCAGAAACAAGCAAAAGAAGAUGAAAUGAAAGCUAAAGAAGAGAAGUGGAGAAACGGCGAAGUCAUUCGUAAUAAGAAACGCAGAGCGAGGCAGAUGCAACAAAAACAGGCAGAUGCAGAGAGGCACCGCCAAGAAAUUGUGUUCACGGACGAUGAUGAUGAUAACAUCCCCACAUCUAUCAACAUUAACCAAAAGGCUAUAGAAGAACGAGUUCAAUGCCCAAUCUGUCUUCUCAAGUUUUCGAAAGCAGAAAUACAACAGCACGCCGCUGACUGUAACCAGUUUGAUAAUGUCGCGAUACCAGGUGGUAGCCGUUCGCCAGCCAGUAAUGACGAUUUUAUGAUAACUGAUGACGAUCAACUCUUAGUUUGCAACAUUUGCUCUAAAUUCUCAACAAAGGACGGUAUCAUCUUGGAGGAUCACUGUCACCGUUGUUUGUCGAAGGAAAGGGAGAAGCAGAGUAAUCAGACUCAAUUUGAUUCACCAGACGCACGAAUAAUCGAAGUUCCAACAUCACCGAUACGCUGUUUUAUUCCAAUCAGUGAGCAAAGUGAAUCCUCUAUAAACUACACGGAGCAAUUUCUUCGGAAAAAAAGAAAACGAAAAUCGCCUGCAAACAUAAAGCGGAGGCAGUGACUGGGUUCUUCACUUAAAAAUCAACGAGAAUUUUCAGCCUAUGUAAAGAGUCAUACACGUUGUAUUCCAAGCAGUUUUCUUACAAACACAGGCUAAUGUGCUUUUGGUAAUUAUAUGGAUAUAAAUUACCGAAGCUAUGUACAACAAAACGUUCUCACCAAACGUUUGUUUGGGUACCUAAUUGGAUUGUAAACUGCAAAUCCAUUCAUAAAUUGAACAGCAUACAGUUUCGUGGUGUUGCUGCUAGAUGCAAUCACGGAUUGACUGAUGAUAAUAAUAAUAAUAACAUUAGAAAUGAUGAUAAUAUGCCAAUUAUUUAUAUUACAUAUGUUACAAGUAAAUUUGAAUAAAAAUUACGUGCGGUUAUACAAUUGAAA